UUAGUGUCUGUGUUCGCCGUUUGUUAGACCUGUGGGUGUUAGUAAAAUAAUGUUGUGAUUCGAUUGAAUAAAAAGUUAGGUAAUAGAACAACAAAAUAUGCAUAUUCUGGCUACACGCAGCAAGUUAAAUGGCCAUAUUUCGUCGGAAUGAAGCAUGUUCGUAACUUUCCUUGUGACAUCAAAAUGUUUAUUUACUAUCAUCUACUAUAAUAACAUUCCAUUCAUAAGUAGUAGGUAUUUAUUUAUUACUCAUUGUGGACCGCUGCAAAUGCAGAACUGAGCCCGUGUUUAUCGUCUAAAUGGAUAUUGUAGGUUAAAAUGUACUACAAUUUUCUGGACCAUUUUAUUCCACACAAGAAAAUUUCAUAAAAUGACACAACCAGGACCGACAGAGGAUGUCUUCAGAAAACCUUUUAGAACAUACUCCUAGGUAAAUCAAGUCAAUCAUCUAAACAUUCUAACACCAAAAUGGAAAUGGGGGUACGAAAGCUGCCUAAAAAACGUAAAUUUGAUCCUUCCGAGCUGGAGGAAAACAACACUACACCAACCGCUGUAUGCAUUCCUGUGUCAGUAGUACAAAGUAUUACUUCUGCUCCACCACAAGCAAUUGCUGUUGAUUAUUCCUGCAACCAAAGGAUAGUACAUGAUGAUGCGUACAAACCGGCUUCAAGACCCAAUCUUGUGGACUUAAGUGAGUGGUGUGGCCAUCGUGUACUUGCCAAACAAGGAGAUUGCUAUUAUCCUGGAGUUAUCAGCAAAGCUAAUGCCAGCAAUAUUGUGGUGGAGCUAGAUGGUAAAGAUGCGAAAUCAAUAUCGUUCUCCAACGUGUUCGACAAAGAGUGGUACAACGUGAUAGGCGACGCCAGUCCGUCAGUAAACCAAAUCACCACAUCAACCCGAGUAUGCGUCCGUCACAAUCACAACGUAUUCGUCGAAGGAAUAGUGUGCAGCGUGCUGGAGGGCCAGCCUGUCAGGUUCAGCGUGGCGAUAAUCGGCGGCGGCAGCGAGAUCGAGGUGAAACGAUCGGAACUGCGUCUACUGCGACCACCCUGGUACGACGAGCUGGCCAAUCUGGAGCCGCAGGUGGAGAUGCUGCCGCAGACCAACGACUACUUCCGGCACAUCACCUCUCCGACCCAAACCACCCCAGUCUCCGCCUGCACGCCCGUCUCCAACGGACGCGUCUACGACGAAUUCGGCGAGAGCGAGGACGAGCUGCGACAGGACCUCACGUUCAAUUCGGAAAUCGACGCCAAAUUGUCCGGCAGCAGCAAGCGGAGUAGCAUGCACAGUCGCGGCAGUUCUUCGAGCAGCAUCACGCAGAGAUCGCAGCCGACGACGCCGCGCAGCCAUCCGGCCACGCCGCACAAGUACAAGAAGGGCGACAUCGUGACGACGCCGAACGCGAUACGGAAGAAGUUCAACGGGAAGCAGUGGAGACGUCUGUGUUCGGCACCGGGUUGCACGAAGGAGAGCCAGCGCAGGGGCUACUGUUCCAGGCAUCUAAAUCUCAAGGGCAGCGCCCUCAGGAACGGACCGAACCCGAGGUCCAACAGUAAGGGCGAGGGGGAGGACACGUCCAGGGAUUCGGAGACGUCGCCCAACUGCGGCGACCGCAGGAUCACCGGCCGGUUCGAUCAAGAGGAGACCGAUGCUGCCAACAUGUUAGUAUCAUUGGGAAGCUCCAGAUCGACGCCAGCUUUCUCACCGAACGGUCAAGGAUCGUCGCCGAACAACGCGAUCCAAUCCCCGUUAACCGUAGGCUCGCGGAAUAACGUUUUCAUGCCUAUAUCGUCAAUUUCGUCUCACAUGCAGAAGAGAAACUCACCCGGACCCGCCAAUUAUGCACCGUGCUAUCAGCCAGUAAUAAGGCCUGAAGUCAGGCCGAUUAAGGCUCCAACCACGAGUGUAAUUAGGGUGUCGCCUAAUCCGAGGUCGUGGAACACAACGGGAAACGAUCAAGGUGUGAUACUUCAGCAGGCUCUCACUACUCCCUCAAAUCAACCAAUUGAACAUGAUAAUACUCAACUCUCUCAAGGAACAGUGUUUUGUGUAUUGCCCGAGCCGACCCAUGAAAAUAAGAACCACUUGAUGUUAGUGAACAAUGACGAAAACGAGAUGAAAGAGGCGAAAUCGUUUCAGCGACAAGUCAUCCAGAGCGAUCACGUGCAACCCACCCAAACAAUCCGCGUGCUAUCUAACAGCACGAACCAUGUAAAUAGUACCCAUUCCAGUGGUGCGGGCCUAAUUCCAACGAAUUCGAUAGGUUCUGGUUUGCCUGUGAUAGUGCAUCCGACACAAUUAGUACCUGUGUUGCCGCCGGCCACGCAAUCGGUGGUCAAGAGGGUGAUACCGGCACCGCAAAAUCCACCGUCCCAGGUGAUCGUCAAAGCCGAACAAAUAUCCCCCAACAUGAACCACAACAUCAUCAAGAACGAAACGAUGAACCAGCAUAACUCGCUGACAUUACCGCCGAACAUUUCACCGAUGAGACCGCAAAGCAAUAGUACACCGAAGGUGCCGCUUCCAAACCAGAACCAAAGACAAAUCGUUCCGCACAUAAAAGUACCAAGCAAUUCGCAACCUUCACAGUCUGCCUUCGUGAUACCCUGGCACACGAUCGUGCCAAUUUUAACCACUAGCACCGGUCCGACGUCACCACCGUCGUCGGAACUGUCGCCACCCCUAUCGGCACCGCCACCCAUCGACAUCCUCGACGACGAGACUGACGUCGAGUCGAUGCCGGUGCCCACCGAGGAGGACGACGACGUGUUUGAGAGCGAACCCACCAAUCCCAGCAUAGAUAGCAACGGCAACAAGAAACGGAGCCAGUCGCUGACCUCCCUCAAUAGCAAUAACAAGGAACCCAACAUGACGAAGAACAAGGAGCGCAUCCGGAGGCCGAUGAACGCGUUCAUGAUAUUCUCGAAGAGGCACAGGGGCAUCGUGCAUCAAAUGCACCCCAACCAGGACAACAGGACCGUGUCCAAGAUUCUGGGGGAGUGGUGGUAUGCCUUGGGGUCUGAUCAGAAGAAGCAGUACCACGAGUUGGCUUCCGAGGUUAAGGAGGCGCAUUUCAAGGCGCAUCCCGAGUGGAAAUGGUGCAACAAGGACAGGAGGAAGUCUUCGACGGGCUCCGGUAGAAGUAAGUUGAGCUCCACUGGCGACAGUGGGGAGCCGAUAAGUCCCAGAGUGAAUUCGCCGCCUCCCCAUCAGUUGGAGCCUUCAAGGCAGAUGCCUCUUGAGGCUGACGUGUCGGGCGACGCCUCCGACGACGACCAAAUGGUCAUUUGUGAGGAACCAGGAACCGAAAUUGACCUGAAAUGUAAAGAAAAAGUUACCGAUUCGGAUUCGGAGUCUCACAGUGACAUGGAACAGUCGAAUUUUUCGAAGCCUCAUUUCAGCCCGGUGCUGUCGUCAGGCGGCUCGGAGGUGACGUGCAAACCGAAGCCGAUAAAGGCGAGGCUGCCGUCGGUGGACACGCCGAAGUACAGUCCGGCGCCCACCACCAGCACCUUCACCUUCCACGCGGGUCCGGUGAAUCCGUCCGGCGUGACGGGUUUCCAACCCACCGGCGGUGCCUUCAAAACGAUGCCAAUAUCGCCGAAAGUGGUCAAAACGCCGAACGACAUCAAGGAACGGAACCCCCUCGAACCUUGGUCCUCCCUCAAAACCGAUCCGGGGACGCAGUGGGUGAACUCGUCCGCCAUACAAACCAGCACCAUCCCAACCAAAACCAACACCUUAAUCCUCAAGUCGCCAAUUAAGCCAAAUAACAUGCUCCAAAUGAACGAAACCCAGACCAGCCAAUUCACAUCCCAACCUCUCACCGUCGUCAUCAAUUCGCCAUUGUGUCUGCCCGACUCGACCGACAGGUCGCAGUACGUGGUCGUGACGUCCAAUCCCCAAGACAUUCAAUGCGUUUACAUGCGUCCGCCGUUCUCGUUACCCGUUUCCGAGUCGAACGUUAACAACGUUAACGUACGUAUAUUGUCCAAGCCGGCCACGCAAUCGGUAAUAGUCAGCCAGGCUCAGACAAAAGUAAUCACGUCACAGGCCGAAUAUCAGACCGCACAAAAUCAAACGGUCACUACGCCUAAGGCGUGUACCUCAGGUAAGUGUUUAUUUGACAAUCUUACGAACGCCAGACCAAAGUACUACAUGACACGUGGCGCUGCAGGUUUAACAUUUUCGCUCGAGAACAAGGACGUAAAGUUGGAGAAGGAGGAGAACGAAAUGCAAAUGUCGUUGGCGUCGCAUCAGAAUAUUAUGUCUGAGACUAAUCAGCUGACGGAGCCUCACAAUCAGGAGUUCGUCCUGGCUCCCACGCCCGCCCAGCUGGGCAGGGCACCCUUGCAGAGGAGACAGUCACUAGGAGGACAAUCACAGCUUGUACAACAACCUAAAGCUUUUGGUUCACAGACCAACAACGUUCAAGUGUCUAGCGAAAGUGCGAACGUUUCUUCGGCCCCAGCGGACGGCAACCCCAACGACCUGGCGUCGCCGUCCACCAAAAAGAGCUUCUUCAAGCGCAACAAGGAGGAUGGCAUGGACAGGAAACAAUUUUUCAGAGUAUUGGAAACGGUCGAUUUCGACAAGAAGUUCUCGUCGCUGCCACGUUACAAGCCGGAGGAGAACAAGUCGCCGAACGUGAUACCGCCAAGUCCGGGCGGCCUUUUCUCGAACUAUCCGAAGAAACGGCCCCCACUUACUGCCACCCAUCGGACCUCGAUCGACGAGGAACCGAAGGCCGACACAACGAACUCGUUGCCCAAAUCGGCGCCAUCGACCAAAAUCAUCGGCACGCAGUUCUUCGGGCCGGACUUCAACAUUGACAGUGUCAGAGAACUGAGCGGGGACAUGGGCGAGGGCACGUCGCCGAGGACACCCAGGACGCCGGGAACGUCGCGCGACUCGGAGAAGGGCCACCGAAAGAUACUGGAGCAGCGGCGGCAGCUGGUGAUCCAGCUGUUCAACGAGCACACGUGGUUCCCGUCGGCGCAGGCCACCACCGCCUUCCAGGCCCAGCAUUCGGACAUAUUUCCGAGCAAGUCGAGUUUGCAGUUGAAAAUACGUGAAGUGAGACAGAAAUUGAUGGCACAAAACUCACACACCCCCUCUAGUGCAAAUAGUCAGAAUAGUCCCUUAACCCCCGCCGAACCAGUUAAGGUAUCUUCUAAUAGUUAGCUAGCAAUGUGCAAUAGCGUAUUGUCUUCCUUCUCUUUAAUUAUUGUUAAAAUGACUGAAAAUAACAGUUAGUAUGAUCAUAGAUGUUUAUAAGAAAUUAUUUAUGUGCCAGCUUUUGGUAUUUUUAAAUUUACCAUUCUCCAGUUACUUAUUUCCUUUGAUCUUGCACCUUCGGUUGGAUUUAUUUCUCGUAGGGAAACCGUUUUAAUUCCAUUUCAGUCCAUAAUUAUACGAGGUUGACGUUUGACGUUGACGCACCACAAAGAAAGCAACAUUUCAUCAACAACUUGAAAUACAAGUCGUUCACUGCCAUAAUCACAAAGCUGCUUUCUUAGAUGCUGAUAGGCGAACUACGAUUGUGACAAAAUACAAAAACACCGUAAUUAUUUGACGUUAAAGUUGACACCAAUAAUUUUAAUCAAGUGCCUCCCGUCGUGAAUUGAUUUCUCAACGUCAUUGUUUCAGUUGUUGAAUUCUUGGUGGUCGUACCGUAAAAUGUUGUGCCUGGUGUAACAGUUUAUUCGUGUCUAGAUAAAUCGUUGAGAACGUAGUGCAAUUAUCAUUAAUAUAAGCACAGUCUAUUAGUAGUUUUGAAAGAAAAAUUGUAAUCUGCCUAAAAUUUAAGGUACAGGAACUUUUGCCAUUUUGUUUGAGUAAUAUCACACAUGAUCACGUACCAAUCAAAAAUCAGUGGCCAAAACAUUAUAUAUUGAGGACGUGGCAAUGAAAUUGAACCAUUUAAAGUGUGAUACUAUAUACAUGACGUUUUCGUUCAUAACGUGUGUGCAAUUUGAGAAAAUCUUAGCUUUAAACAAAGAAAAUGGUCUUAUGUAUGUGUAUACCACAAGUGAACAAACAUAUAUCAAAACCACAGGGUGUAUUAAACAAAAUGGUACUUGUUUUUGUCAAUUUAGAAAGAUAUGUAGCUAUAUUGGCGAUAAAAUCUGUAUAAAAUAUUGGAUGCCUGCCUCAUUUGCUAAAAUAAAAUGUUUGGUAUUUUUAUAAAUGAAAAGUGUAUAAUUACUGUUAUUUAUCUCAAAAUUCAACUAAAUUGUCUAAUAUUUUUAUACAGAUACAAGUCGCAGAGGUUUAUACAUAGAAAAAAUAUAUUAUAUAUAUACAUUUAAGUACAAUCAGUUGUUACAACUGGCCAAUUAUCUACAACAACAUAAAACGUGUUGUUACAGGUAAUUGACCAGAAGUAAAGUAGACCCUUAGGUCUUUCAAUUUGGAAAUCGAAUUGUUGCAAUUUUAUUAUUCUACAAAAUUUUAAUUUUUAAAAUGUUAUUUAUAUUGAUUAGUUUUUAUAUUCAAUUGGUGCUCUUGUUUAUAUACAAUUUGAAACCUAUAUGACACAUUUAUUGUAUAGACUAUUUAUUUACAUUUUUCCCGAAAGUAUCAUUGUUAUAAUUCAUUUCGUCCCCAUUUUGAAAUGAAGACAUGAGUUUAUGAAUGUGGGGGAAGUAACAGCGACUCUUAAAAAUUGAUCUCAACGAAUUGAAGCCGGUACGUGCAACAAACUGAAUUGAAAAGAAUCCUUCCUGUUUUUUUGUUGUAAUGAGCUGUUUCAAGUAUUUUUUAUUUGACUUGUUAUAUUUUUGAAUAGACGGUUAUUCAAUUUUUAUUGUGUAAGAAAUUAUACACUGCAUAGUUCAUUAUUAUGUUUUAUUUUAUUAACCGAGUUUGGUGUUCUGGACGUUUAAAGUUGGUCACCAACGUCAAGCUCUGUUAGGUCAGUAAGUAGAUGAGAAAUUAAUGUUUUUAAAACUUUGUGGUAAUGUAACUUGCCUAAAUUAGAAUAAAAUUUAUUUUAAUUUUAGUUGAUUAAUUUCUGAUUAUAUUUUAUAUAUUUUUGUAAUGCCUUAAUUUAUUUUUUAUUUUACGUACGUUAUGCUACCACGAAGUGUUAAUGUUAAUGUUAAAUUUUUCGACAAUUACCCCUCCGUUUACUGGCCUGUAUUUAUUAUACUUAUAUUCCUUGUUGUAGAUAAAUUAUCAUUCAUUAUCGGUCUUGUGUGCUGUAUUAUUAAAUAGAAUUUAAAUACGUAAUAGAAACGUUUGUAUACGUAAUUUUAUUUGGAUUUAGUUUACCCCGCAAAACGUGAGUUACAUUAAAUAUUAAUUGCUAGAUAAUAUGUGCCUGCAACAGUGUCCCCCUGUUUGAAAGCCAAUUAAUAGUGGUAGUAUCCAUCACUGAGCAACACACAAGUCACUUCAGUCCGUACACUGAGCAACUUGAACUUAAUUCUUCUAGUUAUCCGUUUAAAAUCACCAACAUGGGUGCGUACCGUAUCUUCAUGGCAAAUGUCAGUCCGAGUUCAUCCGAAGCCGAACGACUCGAAAGAGUGGGGUGGGUGACACUUGUUUUCCCCCACUCUUACACGUACCAUGAAUAUAGGGUAUAAUUCAAAAUUGGGACAGGUUUUGCUUAUCAGUACUUACUUUCAUGGAUGUUUCAGAUAGGGUUCAGUUGUAGUUUACCACCAUCCGCAAUAGAACAUCUUAAUUUGGUGCUUAAACUGUUUUUUUGUCAUAUUAGAUGUUGAUUCAGUCAGGUUUAAUUCUUUUUUAUCGUUAUUUUUUAAAUAUAUAACGUAAACAGGUGACAUAAUAUGUAAGUCAAUUAAUUUAGUAACUAACUUUACCUACAGUUAUUUAGAGUAAAUGCUUUUAAUACUUAUUUUUAUACAGUAACAAUUAUUAAAAUAUGCAAUUUACUUAGUUAUAUUAUUUUAUGCACCUGUGAUGCUUUUUAAAUUUUAUUAAGGAUGGUUCAUCCAAAAUUAGUCGGCGUUUUUUGUUUAGUAUUAGUAUUCAUCAAAGUUUCAGAUCACUAUAGGCAGACUUCUGUUGGGUAAAACAUCCUGAGUAAAUAUUUUACUGCUCUAUAAGAUAUUGUCUGCGAUAAUUUUUAGUAUGUACUAAUUUCCAUUUAUAAUUUAGUUCUGUAUAGUUUAGAGAUAAGAUUCUUCAUUAUUUAUGUUAUUUUUAUCCUUUUACAUAUUGAAAAUUGAAACCUAAAUGCAAGAAAAUUUAUGCAUUUUCCAUACAACUUCAUGUUACCUCGAGGUUGAUACUUAUGUUUGUAAGUUAUAAGAUGGUUGUGUUAUAUUAAUUUAUAAAAGUUGAGGCAGGUUCUUUCCAAUAAGUUGAUCACAAGCAAAUUAAUGAAUUAUAUACAUAAUAUAUCCAAUCUGUUACGUCAAAUACUUAUUACAAAAUGCGUAAAUUUAUAGACAAAUGCAAGCCUAAGUGGUAGGUCAAAUUAUUGAAAUAUUCCUGUCGUAUAUACAAAUAUCUUUGUCUUCAUAAAUUGUCUGUGUUGUUAUGUUAUUAUAUGAAUAAUUUUGUUAUUUAAGUUUGACAUGUAAACAUUAGUGGUUCUGUAUUUGCCAUUCUUUGGCCUUACAAUUUGUUUUAUCGUUGUAAGCACUGGAUAUCAAGAAAAAGUCUGCAUAGAUCAUAAGAAAUAAUAUGGAAAAGAGUGGCAAACACUUUAGAACGACUCAUAAAUGCCUUGAACGUGGUGUUGUAAUUGUUACAAGGUGUUAGCAUUUUAUAGUCAAUGAUCUCGUUAGCCAAUCGUUCACAUAUAGUGUAAAAAAAGUUGUGCACCUCACUGUUCUUUGAGCACAUAUUUACAUUUGAUGUAUAUAAACUACUUAUAAGUACUAUUUGUACGAUCAUAUUCUAUUUUAUUUAAAAACAAUAAAAAACAUUAUAAAGAUCACAUACAAUCACAAUAAAUGUAAUUAUGUUCAGAA